AUGAAGUCGGUGAGCAGGAGUUGGGAAGAGAUGUGCUUUGCUGGUGCUCGGGAGCUGGUGAAUGCCGGCUGCAGCAGACCGUACACAGACAUGCCAGAGCGUGCUGAGAAACCACCUGGAGAUCAGCCCCAGAAUUUGAAUGCAGUGUCCUUGGUGUGGUUCAGGUUUUACCAGGCUGAACCUGGAAGCUUGGCCAAGCCUUCUCCGGAUAGCUUCCUGGAUCUUGUCAUGGAAGCCACUGGAGGCCCUGGCCUUCUUUUUGCAGGAACUUUUCCCAGCUCCAAACGAGAAUGGAAGCCACUGGAGGACCGUAGUUGCACAGACAUACCGUGGCUGCUGCUUUUUAUCCUGUUCUGCAUUGGGAUGGGAUUUAUUUGUGGCUUUUCAGUAGCAACAGGUGCAGCAGCAAGACUAGUGUCAGGAUACGACAGCUAUGGAAAUAUCUGUGGGCAGAAAAAUGCAAAGUUGGAAGCAAUACCAAACAGUGGCAUGGACCACACCCACCGGAAGUACGUAUUCUUUUUGGAUCCAUGCAAUCUGGACUUGAUAAACCGGAAGAUCAAGUCUGUAGCACUGUGUGUAGCAGCAUGUCCAAGACAAGAACUGAAAACCCUAAGUGAUGUUCAGAAGUUUGCAGAGAUAAAUGGCUCAGCGCUCUGCAGCUACAACCUAAAGCCUUCUGAAUAUACUACAUCAUCAAGAGCUUCUGUUCUUUGCCCCAAACUACCUGUUCCAGCGAGUGCACCUAUUCCAUUCUUCCAUCGCUGUGCUCCUGUGAACAUUUCCUGCUAUGCCAAGUUUGCAGAGGCCCUGAUCACCUUUGUCAGUGACAAUAGUGUCUUACACAGGCUGAUUAGUGGAGUAAUGACCAGCAAAGAAAUUAUAUUGGGACUUUGCUUGUUAUCACUAGUUCUGUCCAUGAUUUUGAUGGUGAUAAUCAGGUAUAUAUCAAGAAUACUUGUGUGGAUCUUAACAAUUCUGCUCAUCCUGGGUUCACUUGGUGGCACAGGUGUACUAUGGUGGCUAUAUGCAAAGCAAAGAAAGUCUCCCAAAGAAACAGUUAUCCCUGAACAGCUUCAGGUAGCUGAAGACAAUCUUCGGGCCCUCCUCAUCUAUGCCAUUUCAGCUACAGUGUUCACAGUUAUCUUGUUCCUCAUAAUGUUAGUCAUGCGCAAACGGGUUGCUCUCACCAUCGCCUUGUUCCACGUGGCUGGCAAGGUUUUCAUUCACUUGCCACUGCUAGUCUUCCAACCCUUUUGGACUUUCUUUGCUCUUGUCCUGUUUUGGGUGUAUUGGAUCAUGACACUUCUCUUUCUUGGCACUACCGGCAGCGCUGUUCAGAAUGACCAAGGCUUUGUGGAGUUCAGAGUUUCUGGGCCUCUGCAAUACAUGUGGUGGUACCAUGUGGUGGGCCUGAUUUGGAUCAGUGAAUUUAUUCUAGCCUGUCAACAGAUGACUGUGGCAGGAGCUGUGGUAACAUACUAUUUUACUAGGGAUAAAAGGAAUUUGCCAUUUACACCUAUUUUGGCAUCAGUGAAUCGCCUUAUUCGUUAUCACCUUGGUACUGUGGCGAAAGGAUCUUUCAUUAUCACAUUAGUCAAAAUUCCGCGAAUGAUCCUUAUGUACAUUCACAGUCAGCUCAAAGGAAAGGAAAAUGCUUGUGCUCGAUGUGUGCUGAAAUCUUGCAUUUGUUGCCUUUGGUGUCUUGAAAAGUGCCUAAAUUAUUUAAAUCAGAAUGCAUACACAGCCACAGCUAUCAACAGCACCAACUUCUGCACCUCAGCGAAGGAUGCCUUUGUCAUUCUCGUGGAGAAUGCUUUGCGAGUAGCUGCCAUCAACACAGUGGGGGAUUUCAUGUUAUUCCUAGGCAAGGUGCUGAUAGUCUGCAGCACAGGUUUGGCUGGGAUUAUGCUGCUCAACUACCAGCAAGAUUACACAGUAUGGGUGCUGCCUCUGAUCAUCGUCUGCCUCUUUGCUUUCCUAGUCGCUCAUUGCUUCCUGUCCAUUUACGAAAUGGUAGUGGAUGUAUUAUUCUUGUGUUUUGCCAUUGAUACAAAAUACAAUGAUGGGAGCCCAGGCAGAGAAUUUUAUAUGGAUAAAGUGCUGAUGGAGUUUGUGGAAAACAGUAGGAAAGCAAUGAAAGAAGCUGGUAAGGGAGGCGUUGCUGAUGCCAGAGAGCUAAAACCUAUGGCUUCGGGAGCAAGUUCUGCUUGAACCUAGCCGACCGUUAUGGAACCCAUUGACAUUCCAAAACAAUAUAUACACAUAACUAUGUAUUUGUGUGUGUGGGUGUGUGUAUAUAUGUAUAUGUAUGUGUGUAUAUAUAUGUAUAUGUAUAUACACACACACACAUAAUCAGCCAAAAUCAGAGAACAGGAACAGGGAUUUAAUACCUUUUUUAUGCUUAUUUUUGUCAAACAUGUACUCCUUUCAUACGGGUGGCUUUUACAAGGCAACUGCCGUCAUUUAAUGUUUUCAAUUGUAAUUGUCUUAAUGGAAAUGUUAAGAUUCAUAUCUGAUUAACAUUUUUAAUAACUUAGAGGAGAUUUUAACUUUAGUUAUUUAAAUUAGGUAAAAUUAUUGUACCGAAUUCUCUGUCUAAAGUUUAUUCAGGGGUGAUUUCCCUGAUGUGUGCAUAAAAUCAAGACCUUAUUUUACUGAUGCAUAAGUCCUAGUGGGAUGAGACUAGGCAUAUGCUUUCAGGUAAAUAAGGAGUUACUCCAUUCAGUUUUCCCCAAUCAAAGAAGCCAUGUCAUUUUCCUUUUAGAAACAUACAAGUGGACCCAAUAUGGGAAUUUUCGUAACAGUUCAUGCAUUUGUCAGCCAACAUUAAAAAGUAACCAACUCCUCAGGUAUUUGUAGUUUACCCUAAUGCUUCUAUAAGAGAGUAGGUAAAAAAGGAAAGGGUAGAUAAUCUUUCUUAUGCAAACUUUUCUCUUAUAUUUUGUCUUUCUUUCAUUUUGACGUUAGUAGCAUCCUCCACACAUUUGUGUGCCUGAUUUGAAAGGAAGCUGGGGUACCCAGCAAGUUUAGCCUUUAAGUUUCUGUGUAUAGGUUUGCAGACGAAGUAAUGCUGGAAGGAAUAAAAAAGGGAGAGAAACAUGAAACACAAAGCAUUGAAAAUUCCGGUACUUGGGCUUCUGCUUCAGAGGAACUUCAAUGGCUUAGGGCUAAAUGGCCAUUUUAUUCAAAUGCUUGCUAUAAAAUCUGAAGACAUACUGGCAGGUGCUCCUCUCCUUGGCAAUUCAUUAAGUAUCCAGAAUUCCACAAUGUUUAACUGAAGAAUUGGUUAAUGUUUUGAUCCUCAAGUGUUGAACGUUCUUUGUGUUUGGGGAUGGGUUUUGGGUUUUGGGGGGUUUUUUAAUUCCUGAAGCUUACCAGAUAUGAAUGGCUAAUAUUUCAUUGUUCUGCUUAUUGUAAUGGUGAAUGCUUUAAGAAAAAAAAAAAGUGUAAUUUGCUAAGAAUAAUUCAUGAUCUGUUUAUGCGAUAACUCCUUUUUGUUACAAUUUUUUUAAAAAAAGCUAUUUUUGUUAAUGUAAAGUAAAUAUUUCAGAGCAGAUUUUUUAAACUUAUUGCACUAAAUAUAGGCUCUGUAC